UACGCGCGAACACAGCUAUUUCAGCGCUUUCAUGAAGAUGCCGUGGAGCAAGGAGCCCGAGCCGCUGGAGGCGGUUCUGCCGGACGGUGCCGUAGAUUCGAGCGCGCUGCUCACGUACACCGUGGCUGUGCUCGGCACCUGCGUCUUCCUCCGCAAGUGUCCGCACGGCGCGUCCGAUUCCGUGGCGCUCCUGCUCUUCUUUGUGUUUUGGUACGUGGGCAACGCCUUCUACAACCAGUACAACACGCUCGCCAUCGGAGCGACCGGCGGCAAGCACGGCGGCCUCACCAUGACAGUCUCCACCAUGCAGCUCGGCGUGUGCACGCUGUACGCGAUGCUGCUGUGGCUCGCAAACAAGAACCCGAUCAAGCUGUGCGGGCUGCAGCUGGCGGAGUCCAUGCCCUUCCCAGCGGUGAACGGCAAGGACAUCGUCAGCACUCUCCCCGUCGCCUUCUGCUCCGCCGCUGCCCACUCAGCAGGCGUCUUUUGCCUCGGCGCCGACCCGCUGUUUGGCCAGAUCGUCAAGGCGGGUGAGCCGGUGCUGUCCGCGCUGGUCAACACGGUCUUCUACAAGAAGCGGCCCUCGAUGCCCAAGAUCUUGUGCCUCUUCUUCAUCGUCGGCGGCGUCGCGUUUGCGUCACUCAAGAAGGGUUUGGACGGCGCGUACAAGCUCAAGUUCGACGAGACGGCGCUGCUAUUUGGCAUGAUCGGCAACACCUUCGCCGCCUUCAAGGGCGCCGAGACCAAAAAGCUGAUGACUGUGCCCGGCCUCAAGGACCGGAUGGGAGGAGUCGCCAACCAGUUUGCAGUCACCGAGUGCCUUGCGUUUGCCAUCUCGCUCCCCGUCAUGUUUGCGACGGAGGGCGCCAAGUGGGGCACCUUCAUGCACCUGCUCGCCACCAACCGCGACCUCCAGGUCGGCCUCUUCGUCUCGGGCCUCUCCUUCUACCUGUACAACGAGCUCGCGACAAUGACCAUCAAGGCGACGGGCGCCGUCACCUCCUCCGUCGCCAACACCGCCAAGCGCGUCAUCGUGAUGGUCUACAUGGCUGCCGUCACCGGCAAGGUGCUCACCGAGGAGCAAAAGAUCGGCGCCGCCGUCGCCAUCGGGUUCGUGCUCGUCUACUCGGUGAUCGACGACGUGCUCGCGUCGCUCAAGAAGAAGACCGCGUGAGAGCCAAAGGAGCCUCGGAGGUGGCUGGCAAGUGCAUGGGCAUGCCAUGGCCCUGGCGCCAAGGCUCGUUCCCUUGGCGGCUGGAGAGGGGUACAUGUAAUGCUCCUUGGCGCAGCUGUUUUCUUCGACAGCCGCGGUGCCAUAUGCGCGGUGGAGAUGCAUAACGUCGUGUUCCCCGGAUCCGCAGAGUUUGCUCCUUUGUGGUACAACCGCCUCGGUCGGAGAGACAGUUUACGUGUGUUGUUGGUGUGUGUGUCACAGGGGUUGUACCAGUCUCUCAGGAUCGCUGUCGGG